AAAACUCUGAAAGCUCUUUAUUAACAUCACGUCUAAAAGUCAAAGAAUGGCAUUCAGCUGUACAAACUGUGCAGAGCGGGGGUCCGUGACACACUGUACCUUCACUUUUGACCAGAUGCUUCAUGAAUACAGGUGCUCAUUCACAGAAGGGGGCGGGGCACAAUAAACCCCGCCCCUCCCCUGAAAAACCCCACAAACACACACACACACACACUGAACAGACAGGAGCUCAGCCGCGCACACACACACACACUCUCACACACACACACUUUCUGAAAUGUUCAUGAAUCAAGUAAAGCCAGGAGGAGCAUUCAGAUCCGUCUGUCACCUGCUGCUCGGCUGUCCUCGACAGGUCGCCAUGGAAACGAGAUCCCUGAUCUCACCUGAAGGACAUACAGUUAAAAAAAAAAAAAAAAGGUAAACAGCUCCGUUUCCUCCAAUCACAGAGAGUCUCUGCAGAGCUCAGGGCGGGGGGGCUCGCCUCCUCCUCAUAGGUCCAAAAGACUCUCCAACGCCACGAUAUCAAACACGCCAUGACCGCCAUCAGUGUGUGUGUGUGUGUGUGUGUGUGAUAGAAACACGGGUAAGCAGCAGAGCGUUCUCUCUCUCUCUCUCUGUAUAAAAGGAACACUUGAUCUAAAAAUUCAAGUUUUUUUCUGCAGGAGGAAAAGUGGGCGGGGCCACAAGGGUCAGGGGGAGGAGCUUUUCCACCACAGGAGCUGAAUUAAAUCAGGUGUGUCUUAUUCUGAACUCUUCAGGUUCUAACUUCUCUGACCUCGGUCAUGUGACCGACCCGCCCACCGUCCGGUCUCCUCAUGAUCUUCAGACUUCAGAGGUUCUGGACCCAGAAUGAAGGUAUCAGACAAAUCCGAACUGGUGAUCCGGUUUGGGUUUUGGUGCCGACGCCUGAAUUAACCAGAAACUGGUCCUUAAAAAACCCUGAUGGAGGUCUCUCUGAGUUUAGUUUUUCAUCCUGAACCUCCAGUCUGUUCUGGACUGGACUGAAGCCUGAAUACCGGUCCUUCAGGAUCCUGACUGAAGCUCCUCAAAAACCCACACUGACGGUUUGAACAGCUGAUCUGGAUCACCUUAAAGUCCUGAUCAAACCUCCAGUCUGGGUUUCAAACUUGAAGGAGGAUUACCCUGAACUCUUCUAAAGACAUACAAAGUCUACAGGGGUCCUGGUUCUUUAAAACCCUCAUGGAGGAUCUUAAGGAGGUUCCUAUGGUCUGGCUCUUCAGUCUAAUCCAGAAUUAUUUCAGACGCGGUUUGAGGACUUUGCCGUUUUGAGUUUCUUUAGGAUCAGCUGGAAGAACCAGUGAGACGAUGUCUGAGCAGGAACUCUGGAGGAACUCUGGAGGAACUCUUUCAGAUAUGACCUCACUUCCUUUUCCUGUCAGCAGGUUUCACCUUCUCCUUCUUUGAGGGUCUUUGUUUUUAUGACCUUCAGAUUUCUGUUUGUGGCUCUCAAUGAUAAAAACUGGUUUAAGGUUCACACUAGACCAGGUCUGGACAGAGAAGACCUCUUUAUAAUCAGAUUAAGGAUUACAGGUAUCCCAACAGUCUGUUAGCGUCCUGUUAGCUAACGGUAUGUUAGCCUGUUCGAGGUUAAGUGCGCCCUUUAAACGGUUUUAAGGAACUUGUUUGUGUUGAUUUUGGCGCCCCCCUGUGGACAGACUGACCCCCGGUCAGAUUCUAGAAUUAGUUUUUCCAUAAACAGUGACUCACACUAAACCGUCACUUAGCCUCACUUAGGGUGACCGUACUCCGAAUCCCCGAGAGGAGGACACGACCACGUGUGGGGGCGGAGUCAGAUGUGCAAAGUAAAUGUUUUUUCAGGUCGAGUGUUUUUUACGAACGUCUAACUCAGUUCACCUGCUCGACUCAAACUCUUUAAAACAAAAACCCCGUUAGACAUUUAAAGGACUUUAUAAAAGGACAAAAGGCGGGACAGCCCCCAAAAAGAGGACAUGUCCGGGUAAAAGAGGACAUGUUUAGAUAGAAGAGGACAUGUUUAGGUAAAAGAGGACAUGUUUAGGUAAAAGAGGACAUGUACAGGUAAAGGAGGACAUGUACAGGUAAAGGAGGACAUGUUGGGUUAAAGAGGACAUGUUUGGGUAAAAGAGGACAUGUCCGGGUAAAAGAGGACAUGUUUAGGUAAAGGAGGACAUGUUUGGGUUAAAGAGGACGUUUAGGUAAAAGAGGACGUGUUUGGGUAAAGGAGGACAUGUUUGGGUAAAAGAGGACAUGUCUUGGUUAAAGAGGACAUUAUCGGGUAAAAGAGGACAUGUUUAGGUAAAAGAGGACAUGUUGGGUAAAAGAGGACAUGUCUUGGUUAAAGAGGACGUACGGUCACCCUAACUUAGUUUUUAGUGAGUCUCAGUUUCGUGGUCAUUGGGGGGGCGGGGUCACUCAGAGGCUUCACUCUGGGCCCAGAAUCCUCUUCCUGUUUGUUGUGGGUCUCAGUUUGAGUGUAAAUCUGAACUUUGGGGUCCUUAAACCAAAGUCCGGUCUGUGUGGAUGAAGAGUUCAGCAGAGACGAUGACGAUGACGAUGAUGAUGAUGAUGAAGAUGAUGAAGAUGGUGGUUUUCUCAGAGUCUUUUGGUUGUUCAGAUACGAGGACAUGGUCAUAAUUAUUAUUAUUAUUAUUAUUAUAAUAAACACAUUUUAAAGUGGAAACACACACUCCAUACCAACACAGAAGAAGAAGAAGAGCUCUUCGUUCAGCCCUUCUUCUUCUUCUUCUUCUUCUCCUCUCUGCUGCAGACGGAGCUCCGCUCAGAUUUUAAUGACAAAGAUCUCAACACAACAGUGAAGUAACAGAAAAUCCACAUCUUCCUUCUCACACAACAAACUGAACAGCGGUCAGAGCUCAGGUCCUCAGGCCUGUUUGGGGUUUCAAAUGUUCGGCUUUGUAAAACACGGCAGAGGGAUUCAAGGUCUCCAGAUUCAAGACCUUCCAGGAUUUUCCAGGUUUCAGUUCCUGUGGUGGAAAACAGCGAUCAGAAAAAAACUAAAACAUCCUCCAACAGAGAGAUGCUGGACAUGUCACCUGUUUCCCAUCCCCGAUACGACACACUGACACAAACGCACGCACUCACGCACUCACACACACUCACUCACACAUACACACUUGUAUGUACACACACCUGCUCAGACCCAAAAUAUCCAGGAGUUUUUCACCGAAGGAAGAUUCACUUUAACAUCAAAUCUGAUCCGUUUAGAUUCAAACUUUUGAUUUUAGAGAAAAAAAUGAUCCAGUGUGAAAAAAACAAACUCUGAGAGCCGUCACAGGGACGCCGACGCCGCCGCCGCCGCCGCCACGAUCGUCCAGACUCUGUUUCAUGAUCAGGUUCAGACUCAUUAGUCCUUUUUGUUUUUGUGCGUCACAGCCUGAUUUGGAUUCAUCCGCUGCUGAAAAUAGUCCCUAAAAAGCAGCAAAUCCUCGUUUUCUGACACCUGCGAGGACGUCGGCGAGGAGCGAGCGCACGUUUCUAACUUUGAAAUCAAAGACUGACAAUUAAAAACCAGAUUUUCCUCAAAAACAGCUGAUGGUUUUUUUCUGCAGUGAUCACAGUGUUCGAUCGAGGAGAUCAGAGAGUUCGGAAACCUUUAAUUAACUUUAACGAACUUUAACGUCUGACUCUCCUGCAGCUGAGCUCUGAUUGGACCGACCCGCUUCUGUAACUGACAGGGAUGUAAAGAUGCUGAGUCAGGAUUUGGUUUCUUUAGAGUCGACCCUGAGGGUCCAGAGGAGACACGGUUUCAUCAAACGGUCUUUCUUUGGACCCCCUGCACCUGGUUUGAGACCAUGACUCCUAAUGUGGUCCAGAGCAGCUGGUUUUUGGACCCAGAGGACAGAAUUCAGCAGAACCAACAAACACACACACAGUCACUGAGAGGAGGUCCAGAACCAAAGAGGGGAGGAGGUUCAUGGACCAGCUCCUCUGUCAGCUCAGACUGGUCUGAGAUCUGAGAGGAGACCCUGAAGGACUCAGGAGGAUCUUUGACCUUCAGCUCUGCAAACAUCUCCUCCUGACAGGAGGUCAGACUGAAGGUCAGCUGUCAGUCACCCUGGAGGAGCUGCAGGAGCACGCUCAGAUGGUCUCCUCCCUCCUCAGCGUGGACACCAUGAGGAGUUAAACUCGACGAUGAGGCGUCACACCCCCACUGACGAGGCCUCGUUACGCCCCGACUAAACCAAUCAGAGCUCAUUACUGAGAUCCUUCAGUGGGAGGAGCUACUGCUGUCUGUCACUCUGGGGGGGGCGGGGUUCAGGUCUGAUCAGAGUCCCUCAAUAACUGUGACCCUCCAAAAUCCUGGAUUCAGUGAUCUCACACACACACACACACACACACACACACACACACACACACACACACACACACACACACACACACACACACACACACACACACUCUCUCUUAGCACCAAAACCCUCAAUAGUGCAACUGGUGGGUUUUCAGAGGGGGGGGGUUUGGAGCAGGGCGUGAUGUAUCCAACCCCCCCUCCCUCCCCCAAACAGGAAAUUGUUCUUCUCCUCUUCAGCCUUUCAAAAUAAAAUUAAUCAGAUCUGCAGCAUUAAAAGACAUGCAGGAGGUUCAGAGUCCAGGAGGUCAGCAGGGAUUGGUUCUCAAAGUGUGGGGGCGGAGCAAGGGAGGGAGGGGGCGGGGCACAGUAACAUCCUCCAUGAUCUGCAGGUCAUGAUCCGUAGUUGGAGUCCAAGUCCGAGUGCGUCCUCAGGUUCAAACAUGAUCAUAGUUACACACACAGUACAAAAACAAAGUAGUGCUGACUUCAAACACUUCAACCACAAAGUUCAACGUCACAUGGCACCGAACGAACGCUGGAGUAAAAGUGUGUGUGAGAAGGAGCGCACACACACACACACACACACACACUCAGACGCACGCACACACACACGCACACCCCUCCUCAGACAUGGCACUUUGAUCAACAGGAACCUUCCAUCAGAGAAUCGGGCGGAGACGAGCGCCGACUGCUUCAAGUAGAUGAGGAAUGAUGGCGUUCAGCUUCAGUCCUGAUUUCUCUAAGUGCAGAGGAAGUGCACGCCCAUGCCGCUCGUGCUUCACAGGGUGAGGAGGGGAGGGGGGGGAGGCCCUUGUGUCCCUUCUUUUCCAGGCGGGAGACCCUGUUUGGAGUCCGAGCAGCACCCAUGUCUUUAUGAGAUAAGGCUUGAGGAGCACCCUUUGUUUCAUCGCUCCGCUUCUCCUCUCAGACACGGGGAGGAGGAGGAGGAGGAGAACUACCUGCUGUACGGGUCGCCGGGGUAACUGUCGGGGGGGCCGACUCCGCCUCCGACACUGGGGAGGGGGCUGCGAGAGGAGGAGGAGGAGGAGGAGGAGGAAGAGGGGGAAGACAAGAGCAGGGAGGAAGAGGAGGGUACAGGGUCCUCGUCCGUUCGCCCGCCGUCGAAAACGUCGUCCAUGUCCAGAGAGAGGCCGGGGGGAGGAGGGGGUCCCCACAGCUGCUCAGAGGUGGAGGAGGCCUGGGGGGGAGGAGGAGGGGGGACGAGGAGAGGUCCUGAGGUGGAGGGGGUGGUCAGGGAGGGGUCGGCCGGUCUGGGGACCCCUGUGUUGGUCUGGGAGCCGCGGUGGAUCCGGUGGCUGACGAUGAUGUUGUUCCCAAAACCGCCCAUG